GGUUGCCAUGGGGAACUGGAUGCUGACGAAGGCUCGCGAGGCUGUGAGCAGCCACAGUGCCCAGCUCAGAAGCCCGGGGCUCGUCAGUCAAGCUGGUUCUAGGUUCUCACUCGGCAGCACAGGCAGGCGAGUGGCCCCUGGUUCCCAGAGCAGAACAGCAGUGCCCCAGCCCUGGUCCUCCAACCCCGAGCCUCGCCUGCCUGCACGGCAUCAGGAUGGCCACCAUCACCUGCACCCGCUUCACGGAAGAGUAUCAGCUCUUCGAGGAACUGGGAAAGGGAGCCUUCUCGGUGGUACGCAGGUGUGUGAAGGUGCUGGCUGGCCAGGAGUAUGCUGCCAAGAUCAUCAACACCAAGAAGCUCUCAGCCAGAGACCAUCAGAAGCUGGAGCGUGAAGCCCGCAUCUGCCGCUUGCUGAAGCACCCCAACAUCGUCCGGCUCCACGACAGCAUCUCCGAGGAGGGACACCAUUACCUGAUCUUCGACCUGGUUACUGGUGGGGAGCUGUUUGAGGACAUCGUGGCCCGGGAGUAUUACAGUGAGGCUGAUGCCAGUCACUGUAUCCAGCAGAUCCUGGAGGCCGUGCUGCACUGCCACCAGAUGGGGGUGGUGCACCGGGACCUGAAGCCGGAGAAUCUACUGCUGGCCUCCAAGCUCAAGGGCGCCGCAGUGAAGCUGGCGGACUUUGGCCUGGCCAUAGAGGUGGAGGGCGAGCAGCAGGCAUGGUUUGGGUUCGCAGGGACACCGGGGUACCUCUCUCCAGAAGUGCUUCGGAAGGACCCCUAUGGAAAGCCUGUGGACCUGUGGGCCUGCGGGGUCAUCCUGUACAUCCUGCUGGUUGGCUAUCCCCCGUUCUGGGACGAGGACCAGCACCGCCUGUACCAGCAGAUCAAAGCUGGCGCCUAUGAUUUCCCGUCACCAGAGUGGGACACGGUCACCCCAGAAGCCAAGGAUCUGAUCAACAAGAUGCUGACCAUCAACCCAUCCAAACGCAUCACGGCCGCCGAGGCCCUCAAGCACCCCUGGAUCUCGCACCGGUCCACCGUGGCCUCCUGCAUGCACAGACAGGAGACCGUGGACUGCCUGAAGAAGUUCAACGCCAGGAGAAAACUGAAGGGAGCCAUCCUCACCACGAUGCUGGCCACCAGGAACUUCUCUGGAGGGAAGAGUGGAGGAAACAAGAAGAAUGAUGGCGUGAAGAAAAGAAAGUCCAGUUCCAGCGUUCAGUUAAUGGAAUCUUCAGAGAGCACCAACACCACCAUUGAGGACGAAGACACCAAAGUGCGGAAACAGGAAAUUAUAAAAGUGACAGAGCAGCUGAUUGAAGCCAUAAGCAAUGGAGAUUUUGAGUCCUACACGAAGAUGUGUGACCCCGGGAUGACAGCCUUCGAACCCGAGGCCCUGGGGAACCUGGUCGAGGGCCUGGACUUCCAUCGAUUCUAUUUUGAAAACCUGUGGUCCCGGAACAGCAAGCCUGUGCAUACCACCAUUCUGAACCCCCACAUCCACCUGAUGGGCGACGAGUCGGCCUGCAUCGCCUACAUCCGCAUCACGCAGUACCUGGACGCCGGUGGCAUCCCCCGCACGGCCCAGUCGGAGGAGACCCGCGUCUGGCACCGCCGGGAUGGCAAAUGGCAGAUCGUCCACUUCCACAGAUCUGGGGCGCCGUCCGUCCUGCCCCAUUGAAGGACCAGGCUGGGGCACUUUACUGCAGAGAUCUACUCUUCGUCCAUGGAAUGUCGCUGCUGGUUCUCCCACCUUGGAUUUUGCUGGAAUUCCCCCAGUCACGUCACCCCACUACCACCGCCAUCACCGUCACGUUCAUGCCUGCAUCAAGAAAACCUACCCGCCAAACCCAUCGCGUCUUCAGAACAAAUGGCCACAUCUCCCCGCCUCUCACCUGUCCCUCUCAGUCUCUGUCCCCAGCCAGGGCCGAGCUUCCUCAGGCCUAGACGCCCUGGAUGCUGGCCCUGAGUACCCUCCCACCCGGCUGUCAUUGGCCUGACUUGUCUUGGCUGCAGCCCAGAAUGCCCAGCUAUCUGUUCACCCAGGGUCUGGGGAAAAGGAGAGGCGGAGUCAGGAGAUCCUUGACCUCUCCUCUUCCAGGGUCCCCCUGGGAAAGGCAGAUGAACCCCUAACACCUUGAGCCAACCUCCCCUGCGGGAGAGAGUGAGAGAAGAGCAGAUGCCAGGAGACUCAUGCCUCAGACUGCGUCCCUACCUCCUCUCCCACCUGCCCGCCCUCCAGCCUCCGCCUGACACUCUCCCUCAGUGUGGGGAGCGCGAUCCUCUCAGGGUGCCCCCACUCUCCCUCUUGCUUCUCUGCCGUUUACCUCCAACACUAACCGCCCAUUCCACCCCUCCACCCGGCCCGGGAAUUCCAGCUUCAUCAUAUUUGAGGGAGAAAACCUGAUUGCUUUUUUGGGGGCAAAAGAAAGCAACCUCUAGGUUAUCACUUCUACUUGGACCGCAUGCCUUUUUAUAGCCAAACUCCUGUGUUUCGUAAAUGGAUUUCGCGUUCAUGGAUAUCUAUGUCAUAA